CAAAUGCAGCAGAAACUCCAGACUGUACCUUUAAAAAUGAUACACUAAGUUAUGAUCUUUCAAAAUUAAAGCAGGACUCUGCUGAAUAUUAUGAAACGACAGAUUCAAAAAAUAAAUUUAUUUUGAACGUUUGUAAUGGUCUAUCGGAACUAAAAGAUGAUUUGAAAGAUGCUAAAAAUGUUGGCGCCUCUUUAAAAAACGACAAAGAAAAAUGGAUAUCUUUAGGGAAAAAUAAUUCGGAGCUCUUUAUCCAAAAUGACGAACUUUUUUUACGUUACGGUGACGGCGAUGCAUGCCCAGAUCAAUCAGAUGAGGUUAAAAGAGAAACUUAUAUUCAUUUCAUAUGCGAUAAUACAAUUGAGGGCAAAGGAACUCCAAAAUUGCUCAUAAGUCCAAGAAACUGUGUUUACAUAUUUGAAUGGAAAACAUCCGCUGCGUGCCCAGUAGACAAAGCCGAGAGUUUGAGUGGUUGGGGUGUUUUCUUUACAAUCUUCUUUAUUGCGUUGCUGGUUUAUUUCGUGGGUGGAAUUGUCUAUAAUCGAAUGGUGCAUAAUGCUGUUGGUUUCAGUCAAUUACCUAACUGGGAAUUUUGGAGAGAUGCCUGGGACUUCGUCAAGGAUAUGUUUUUGAUCUUAAUGGCGCAGUGUCCUUCAUUCGGAAGACGAGCCCCAAGAAAUUAUAGGAAUUUGCCUAGAGACGAUGAAAAUAUAUUAAUUGAAGAAGAAUUCGAGGAACAUUAA